CACCAAAGUUUAGUUAAAAGCGAAAAGCCAUUGAGCAAAGAACCCGUAAAAUUUACUACUGUUCAAAGCAAAAAAAAACUCGAAAAAAAUGUAUACGAAAACCAUCAUUGCCAGUGUGCUGAUUGCCUUUAUUUGCGUGCAGUUUGCCGAAUCGUUGGUGUGCUAUACCUGCACCACCCCCAACGAUUGCAAGAAGCCCAAGAAGACGACCUGCAGCAAUGCGGCGGCAAAUGAGACUAGCCUCCACUUGGCGGUCUACCAUCAGGGAGUGGCAAAUGCCAGCAGCACUCGCUUCGAUUGCCUGGCCCUGCAAUACACAUGGAAUAAUCAAGUGAUCCAUCAGCUGCACGGCUGCGUUCAUCCCGCUGUGGGUCCCUGCACUUUGAGCCUGAAGCCUGCCUAUGGGCAUUACAACAAGACCAAAUGCCUAACCUGCUCGGGGGAUAAGUGCAACAAGAGUCCUGCGGGCAAAGUGAGCAGCAGCAUCUACACCAUUCUCGCCAGCGUUGUGGGUCUGCUCUUGGUCAAAACCUAUGCCUAAAAUGCGCCCCUCUGACUAACUUUACAGAUGAACUAAGCAAAGAAUAUGGAGAACAAAUUGUUAAUAAAUUAUUUUUGGUAUAAA